AUGACUUUAGCUAAUUUCGUUGAUCAAGAACAAGCCGCUUUCGAACAUGAAGCUUCGGAGGUUGAAAGAUGGUGGAAAAGUGGACGUUUUGCUCACAUAAAGCGUCCAUAUAGUGCUAAAGAAAUAGUGUCCAAAAGAGGUCUACUCAAACAACAAUACCCUUCUGAUACUCAAGCAAAGAAAUUAUGGAGUUUAUUGAAUUCCCAUAAAAAAAACAAAACUGCCUCCCAUACUUUUGGCGCAUUGGAUCCUGUUCAAGUGGCUCAGAUGGCAAAAUACCUUGAAACCGUUUAUGUUUCUGGUUGGCAAUGCUCUUCAACUGCCUCCACUUCAAAUGAACCUGGUCCUGAUCUAGCUGAUUAUCCUAUGGACACUGUUCCAAACAAAGUCGAGCAUUUGUUUAUGGCCCAACGAUUUCAUGAUAGAAAACAACAGGAAGCUAGAUUAAGCCUUUCCAAAGCAGAAAGAGCAAAAAUUCCUUUUGUAGAUUAUUUACGUCCAAUAAUUGCUGAUGCCGAUACUGGCCAUGGCGGUACUACUGCUAUAUUAAAACUUGCAAAAAUGUUUGUUGAACGUGUUCACAUAGAAGAUCAAAGUCCACUUUUUAAAAAAUGUGGUCAUAUGGGUGGAAAAGUUUUGGUCCCGAUCUCUGAACAUAUUAAUCGUUUAAUAUCAAUUCGUGUUCAAUUCGAUAUAAUGGGUGUUGAAAAUUUAAUUGUAUCUCGUACUGAUUCCGAAGCUGCAACUCUUAUCACAUCAAAUAUUGACUCACGUGAUCAUGCUUUUAUUCUUGGAUCAACUAAUCCUAAUAUUCGUCCUCUUAUAGAAGUCAUGAAAGAAGCUGAAUUAAAAGGUUUGAUUGGUCAGAAACUUGCUGCAACAGAAGAAAAAUGGAUUAAAGAUGCAAACAUAAAGCUUUACAAUGAUGCUGUGAUUGAUGCUAUCAACAAAUCAUCCAAUAUUAAUAAUAAAAAUUCCACGAUUCAAAAGUGGACUUCAAAAAGUCAAGGACUUUCACAUUAUGAUGCUGUGAAAUUGGCAAAAUCAUUAGGUAUUGAAGUAUUUUGGGACUGGGAUGCUCCAAGAACUCGUGAAGGAUUGUAUAGAUACCAAGGUGGUACCAAGUGUGCAAUCAAUCGUGCUGUUGCAUUUGCCCCAUAUUGUGAUUUACUUUGGAUGGAAACUGCUAAACCUAUUUAUGCACAGGCAAAAGAAUUUUCAGAAGGAGUUCACAAAGUUUAUCCUGAAAAAAUGUUAGCAUAUAAUCUCAGUCCUUCCUUCAAUUGGGAUGCCGCUGGAAUGACUGAUCAACAAAUUCGUAGUUUUAUAUCUGAUCUUGGUAAACUUGGUUUUGUAUGGCAAUUUAUUACAUUAGGUGGUUUCCAUUCUAAUGCAUUGGGUAUUGAUUUAUUUGCACGUAAAUAUGCUGAGAUAGGUAUGUUGGCAUAUGUUCAAGAUAUUCAACGUCAAGAACGUAUGAAUGGUGUUGAAACAUUACAACAUCAAACUUGGUCUGGAGCAAAUUAUGUUGAUUCACUUAUGAAAAUUGUACAAGGCGGUGUUUCUUCUACAUCUGCUAUGGAAAAUGAGGAUGAAUUAGCAAAAUAUUUAAAUAUGGUUAAUAUAACUGACAAUAUUAAUCCACUUAUUUGGUGGAAAGAAGGAAGAGAUGAUUUACCAAUACUUUCUAUAUUAGCAAGUAUUCCUGAAGAGGAAUAUUAA